AUGACCAAGCUACCACCAGGCAGCUACCUUUACAUCAUCCUGAUCAUUAUUGCUGUCACUUCUUUCGAUACCACCAACGGGAUCGACCAUGAUGGAACCGGGGUUGAGGGUCCGCACAGUGGGGGUGUAUCCGUGGCAUGGGUGCUUUUUGACGGAGAGUACACUGAGGAAUUCGACUGGGUUCUUAAGACAUAUACGGGCAUGGCUAGCGGUUUUGUCCACGCAAUCGCCCCUCUAGGAUUCCCAUGGGAACCUCUGAUUAACCUAUUCAGUGGAUCCGCUGACAUCGUUGGAGCAAGUCUCGAGAUCGUUAAGUCCGAGGGAGGUGUCGUGACCGUGUCGUUGAUACUCCUCUUGCUGGGCAUUCUCAUACCGAUCUCCGGUAUCUUCUUCUGCUUGUGCCGCUGCUGUGGGAAGUGCGGGGCCGUGCACCACGAGGACAGGGUCCGUGGACUGUCGUGUUGUACCGGGGUCAUCAUGGGGACUUUCAUAUUCGCAUUUUCUCUCAUUGUAGUCGUUGCUGGAUGUUUCACAAUCUUAUCAGGAGAGCGACUCUCACAGAGCGUGACUCACUUUGAAGGAACUGUUAACACCAUCAUGGACGACGUCCAGGAAUUCCAGGGAAACUUGAUCUCUGAUCUGAGACAAGUAGGAAAUAUCAGUUUCAUUGUUGAUAACAUCAAGAGCACUUUAGACGAUGCCGAGAACGCAAUUUUCGACCCGUUGAUCAUGGAUUUCGACAGUGUAGCUGUGCCUGUGAACGACUCGGUCACACAACUCAGAGAAGAUCUCACCAAUCCACUGACACCUCUCGCACACACGGCGGGUGUGUUGGCCACACUCGUCGACCAGAUACAGACCGAUGGAUCAGCCUACCAGACGGCACUCAGUGCUGUCUCUGCUUCGCUCGUUGGGUUCCGGGAUACGGACUGUGCAGGAAGUCUACCGGACAGUCUGUAUAGUGUUUGUUCUGUCAUUCCUGAUGAGACUCCUUUUAUAACAACAGUGCUGCCACUAUCCAUGCUUGAUUCAUAUAAUUUCACUGGCGUAGUUGUAUAUCCAGUCGUCUUAGACGUUGCCCUGACCACACUAAGUGAUGCACUAUCCGCAGCAGACACUGCACUGAACGACUUCAAGACAUCGGUGGCCACAUCCAGUGAUGACGCAUUUCAGGAUGUUGGCGCUAUAUUGGAUACUGUUGAGGCUGAAGUAACAACGAUUACAGAUGAAGUUGUGUCGGGACUGGAAACUAGUAUUGGAGAGUCACUUGACACGGAACCAUUCCGAGCUCAGAUCAGUGAAUAUGUUUCCAUCAUCGGGGAGUUUGAUAUGUACAGCUACGUUGUGUUCUUGGUAUUUGCGUGUCUGGCAUUCGUCAUGGCUGUACUUGCCAUCUUGGGUGUGGUAUUUGGGGCGUGGGGUUACAAGGAGACAAGGCGACCCAGCGAGCGGUCCUCUGCCUCAGAGUGUGGGGGUCAAUUCAUGGUUGGAUCCUCGUGGUGGAUUUUCGUCUUCGCCAUCUUGUUUUGCUUACCGUCAGCUAUUUGGUUCAUCUUGGGCGCAAACGUAACAUUGAUGUGUACAGCUAUGGUGGAUUAUUCCAUUCUGGACAAGGUUGUCGACAACCCAGUCCUCUGGGGUGGUUCUACGCUCCUAGACUCCGUAGUGCAGUUCGGCGACGCCCCGCUCAACUUAACUGCUCGACAAUUCAUCAAGGACUGUAAGCAGAAUCAGACCGUGUAUUCAGCACUUCAUCUCUCAUCGGCCGGACUCCUCGAUGGGGUUGACGACAUCGACAUAAAUGAGAUCAUGCCUUUUGUCGACACCUUCACGAGCAACAUGACCGAUGUCAUUUCAGGAAUGACUCUACUCGGACCUGUCGACCUAGACCUGCUGAUUGACGCUAUCAAACCGCCUGCCUUUCCGAUCCACUCGCUAGUCUAUUCUACCGAGAUCUUGAAGGAAACUACGGAGGCCUUGCCAAUACAAGAAACCAUCAACGAAUUGAAUAUUUUCAUCAACAAGACCUGGGAAGGUUAUCAAGACCAUGGGGCUUCGGAACCAGACUUCCAGGCACAAGUUGACUUUGCGAAUGACGUCAUCAACGAGUUAAACACGCUGGAAUCCACACGAACUGCUUUGCUAGCUGUACUGACCAGCUAUGGAACAGUGGCAGAUUUCUUUGUCGCCUCUUACUACGAAAUCGGGAAUUUGACUACUGGUGCUUUGAUCAUCAUCUCAAGUGGAUCACAUGACCUUCAGGCCAUCUCAGCAGAUGCUAGCAACAUCAUCACCUUGUCUCUUGGCUCGUACGUAGGCGGCAUCGUCUCGCAGGCAGAGGGCUUGAUCACAGAGCCCAUUAGCAAGAUCGAGAAUGACAUCGGAAAAUGUGGUGUGGUUGCCCGAGCCUACGACAAUGCAGUAUCAGAAGUCUGCGUACAUUUCUUGAUGGGAUUUAACGCCCUCUGGUUUUCAACUGGCAUCAUCUCUUUACUGUGCCUGCCAAUCUUAAUCCUGAACGUGCUUCUUUCAAAGUAUGUUCUACGAGCCGAGCCAGCCGCGGGAAGCAGAUAUGAAGCAAGCUCGCCACCACCGGAAAGGGGGGUUUAGACAAAAAUAAAAACAAUACUUUACGAUCUGUAUCAAAACAUCAAAAUAUUUACAACUUGCUAUAUAAUUUUUAACAAUGGCGUCUGAUACAUUAAUUGUUCACAACCAUGGAAUUGGAUUACGUAAAAAACAUUAACUAAAAUGUAUAGGCCUACACAGGUCAGGAAUUGAAAUUUUGAAAAAUUUAAUCAAAACUUUGUACUGGAAAAAGUUUCAUUAAGCAUUCACAAUUUAUAGUAGAACAACAGAACAAAAGUAUCGAGGAGUACACCACCAUUAUAACACAAUGUAAAAGGCCGAUAUGUUGAACUUAUGGUGUUCUUAAGCAUGACACAAUAACAAAUUCAUAAACAGCUUUAGGAAAAUGUUACUUCAAUAAAACUCUUCGAAAAAAUUGACAUUAUAUAAAAUGAGCAUACCUCAUUUCCCAUCUGAUGAAAGAUAAUAAAACUGACGACAUCUUAAUGAAUAACGUUACCUGACCAAUAAAACAAUAUCAAAAUCAAUUGCUCUGUUCCGCAUUUUGGUUUCACUAUGAUGAAAAACAACGGUAAUGGCUCAACUGAGUAAUCACAUUUGACAGUCUCAAUGGUGAUAGGGAAUAUCCUAUAGCUCUCUACUUUGAAGGAUCGGCCAUUUUGUUUUUUCUUCUUAUGCAAAUCAAUGAUACCUUGUUCACUUGGCGGCACUUUCUUUUGUUCAUCCCUUUGUAAUAGACCUUAUUGCUAAAGCACUCGGUGCGUGUACGUAAUGAGUGAAAUGAGGUGCAUGCUGGUCUAGCUAGUUCGUCGCUAGCUAGACCAGCAUGCACCCCAUUCAAUAGUUAGCACAUGGGGCAUUUCAAAAAGGUAUCAAGACACAGACAACAAAUACGGAACUACCAGUUCAGCCUGGACUAUGGGUAGUCACAGGGCAUUGUUUUCAAGAGAGACACACGCAAAUACUUUGUAGACGAACAUUAUUUUCGUGACAUUGUUUUACUCAUUUCUCAAAAACUACAGCACCUCAGCAAGUAAUAUUUUAU